AAAUCAUAAAAAAAGAUGAACAAAAGAAACAAGGGAAUCCUACGUAGUUAAUUAACCAACACCAUAUCCGUUUGAUCAGAUAUUCAAAUCUCAGAAUCGCUUUGCCUUUUUUCCUUGUGAUCUGAUUCCAAUAAUUCGUUUUUUUUCGAAAAACCAGUCUUCCUGCGAUGUUUUGUUCCUCGUACGGAUCAGAGAUAGACACGUUCAAAGAGACGACGACACGUGAUCAGCUGAUCCAUUUGUCACGUUUUCUCCCUUGCUGACACGUCCCCUGCCGCUUUGGCUAAAAGUCUUAUCAACUUCCAUAAAAGAAAGGAUGAACACAAGAUUGUAAUUGCAGCCAUUUCCUUUACAUGAAACAGAGAAAUAUAAUGCCAAGGCAAAACCCGGCUGAAAUGGUGGAUCCGAGCAGCGACGGUGCCGCCGAGUAUGUCGAAUUGGGGGAACGUUCUUCCCCCAAGCUAGAUAAGUACCAAAAGGUAUCUGUCAUACCUCUUGUUUUCCUAAUCUUCUAUGAGGUCUCAGGUGGACCUUUCGGCAUAGAAGAUAGUGUUCAAGCAGCCGGUCCCCUUUUAGCUCUCAUCGGAUUUUUGCUAGUUCCGUUCGCAUGGAGCGUACCGGAGGCAUUAAUAACGGCUGAAUUAGGCACAAUGUUCCCGGAGAAUGGAGGCUAUGUUGUCUGGGUGUCAUCAGCUUUAGGCCCUUACUGGGGCUUCCAACAAGGAUGGAUGAAAUGGCUGAGUGGGGUUAUCGAUAAUGCUUUGUAUCCUGUUUUGUUCCUCGAUUACCUGAAAUCAGCCAUCCCAGAAUUGGAAGGAGGUCUUCCAAGGACGACUGCCGUGUUGGCUUUAACCGUAGUUCUCACUUAUAUGAGCUAUAGAGGCUUGAAUAUAGUGGGAUGGGUGGCAAUAUUCCUUGGGGUGUUUUCACUUCUCCCCUUCAUUUUCAUGGGGUUUGUGGCUGUUCCUAGAUUGGAUGCUUCAAGGUGGCUUGUAAUGGACAUUAGUGAUGUGAACUGGAGUUUGUACUUGAAUACUCUCUUUUGGAAUCUGAAUUAUUGGGACUCCAUUAGUACUCUUGCCGGCGAGGUGGAGAAUCCAAGCAAAACUCUUCCAAAAUCGCUUUUUUAUGCUCUUUUAUUGGUCAUUUUCGGGUACUUUUUCCCUCUUUUGGUCGGUACGGGGGUGGUUCCACUCAAUCGUGAGCUCUGGACCGAUGGAUAUUUCUCGGACAUUGGUCAAAUGCUUGGAGGUGUCUGGCUGCGAACAUGGAUUCAAGCGGCGGCUGCUCUAUCCAACAUGGGGAUGUUUCUCGCUGAGAUGAGUAGCGAUUCGUUCCAGCUCGAGGGAAUGGCGAUUCGAGGGAUGCUUCCCGAGCUUUUCGCAAAGAGGUCUCCUUAUGGAACCCCUUUGGUUGGGAUCUUGUUCUCAGCAUCCGGUGUUAUACUACUGUCAUGGAUGAGCUUCCAGGAGAUUGUGGCGGCAGAGAACUUCUUGUACUGUUUCGGAAUGAUCAUGGAGUUUAUAGCAUUCGUGAAGCUGAGGAUAGAUCAUCCAGCAGAAUCAAGGCCGUAUAAGAUCCCCCUCGGCACGGUUGGAUCGAUUAUAAUGUGCAUCCCGCCGACAGUGCUGAUUCUCGUGGUUUUAGCAUUUGCAUCCUUCAAAGUCAUGGUGAUCAGCAUGGUAGCAAUUAUGAUCGGGCUUGUUCUUGAGCCAUGUUUAAGGUACUCGGAGAGGAAGGGAUGGUUCAAAUACUCCAUAAUUGCUGACAACCAUGACUAUCAUUCUGCCUAUCAGUAAUGUAAUAAAAAGAACAUGAUAUCAUGUAACCACAAUUCUCUUUCGUUCCGUUUU